CAAAACAGAAACAGCCGUGAGUGAGCAGCACAACAUCCCCCGCUCCGCACACCUCCUGCUCCCUCGUUCAGACCGUGCCGUACCUUCCCUGUGGUGCAGUGCUCAGCACUGACAUUCGUCUUUCUUCAGCACUGUUAUUACAUGGAUUAUUAAACUCCCUGACACUCCAAAGGUUCAUGAGGGAUUCCAACCAUGGUACAUUCGUCAAUGGCGAUUGCAGGAGACUCACAAGGCAGGGGGAGCGGAGCACAGACCAAGCUAAUCACGGCAAGAAAAAUUCACAAAUGAGACGAAUGCGAAAAGUUACCCUAAUGUAAAAUGGAGGACAGUUUUGAUUGUGACUGUGGUGAGCUUGAGCCACCCGAUAAUUGAAGGGAAGAAUAGUGUAAUGUCAACAGCCACACUAAAGAUUCUUGAUCAGGCAUAUCUAAUUUAAAACAUAUAUACAGCUGUAUAGUGAAACAUUUUAUAGUGAUAAUUGGCAUAGUAAAAUGGCACUGAUUUGGACCAGUUAUACACCGAGUGUGUCCGUAUUGCAACAGUGAUAUUGGAAGCUUUGAAAUUUCUCUCCUUUUUCAGGCAACCGAAAAGUUAUUCAAUUUCAGACUUAAGCCCAGCUAUAAUAAUUUAAAAAAAUCAUUUUUUUAAGAAAAACCUUUGGAUCCAGUGAACCAUGACAAAAUACCCUGCCUAUAUAUCAGAGUGCUUUUUCAGUUUUCCACGGGAAAAACUGUGAGGCCCAUAAGGCUGAGAGGGGGGUGGUCACUGCAGGCUUCAGUGGCUGACUUGUUUGGCAUAUGUACAUGCAAUUUUUUAAUUUUUUAAAAUAAAAGGUAAAUUUAAGAGUUUUAGAAAAAAAAAUUGCUGUUGAUUCAUAUCUCCCGAGAAUAGUCUACACAGACGUUAAACCACAACCACAACCACAACCAUAAAAACUGCUCUUUGAGAGAAAAUGGCAGAGAAGUUUGAGAGCCUCAUGAAUAUCCAUGGCUUUGAUCUGGGCCCUCGUUACAUGGACUUGAACCCUCUGGGCUAUGGUGGCAAUGGUCUAGUCUUUUCUGCUGUGGACACAGACUGUGACAAGAGGGUGGCAGUGAAGAAGAGCAUCCUCACUGACCCCCAGAGCGUGAAGCAUGCCCUGCGUGAGAUCAAGAUUAUCAGACGCCUGGAUCAUGACAAUAUUGUGAAGGUGUUUGAGACCCUGGGCCCCAGUGGCAGGCAGCUGACAGAAGAUGUGAGCUCGCUGACAGAGGUCAACUCCGUCUAUAUCGUUCAAGAGUACAUGGAGACGGACCUGUGCAAGGUGCUGGAACGGGGCCCCCUCUCAGAAGGCCACGCCCGCCUCUUCAUGUACCAACUGCUCCGUGGCCUCAAAUACAUCCACUCAGCCAAUGUCUUGCACAGGGACCUCAAACCAGCCAACCUCUUCGUCAACACGGAGGACUUAGUGUUGAAGAUUGGAGACUUUGGCCUGGCGCGCAUCAUGGACCCACACUACUCCCACAAGGGUCAUCUAUCUGAAGGACUGGUUACAAAGUGGUAUAGGUCACCUCGUCUUUUGCUGUCCCCCAAUAACUACACCAAAGCCAUUGACAUGUGGGCAGCUGGCUGCAUCUUUGCAGAAAUGCUGACAGGGAAAACCCUCUUCGCAGGUGCCCAUGAGCUGGAGCAGAUGCAGCUCAUCCUGAAAUCCAUCCCUGUCAUUCAUGAGGAGGACCGGCAGGAGCUGCAGAGCGUCAUCCCCGUCUUCAUCAAGAGUGACAUAUCGGAGCCCCAGACCCCUCUGGCCAAGCUGCUGCUGGGACUCAGUUCAGAAGCUCUGGAUUUCCUGGAAAAAAUCUUGACCUUCAACCCCAUGGACCGCCUGACUGCAGAAGAGGCCUUAGCUCACCCUUACAUGAGUGACUACUCAUUCCCUUUGGAUGAACCUAUUUCCAGUCACCCUUUCCACAUUGAGGAUGAGGUGGAUGACAUCUUGCUGAUGGACCAGAGCCACAGCCAUGUCUACAACUGGGACAGGUAUCAAGACAGCCAGUUCUCAGACCAAGACUGGCAACUCCUCAGCACCUACGAGACAGACGAGGUCCAGCGUGAUCCUCGAGCUGUGGUGGACGUGACAGAUGAGGUAGUGGUGCAGGUGGACCCCCGGAAAUACCUGGACGGGGACCGUGAGAAAUUCCUAGAUGACCUGACCUUCGAUUGCCGCUUCCCCUCUGAGCACUCCUGGCAGCAUGAAGACCACCAUGAGAACAAGUACUGUGACCUGGAGUGUGGACAGACCUGCAACUAUAAGGCCAUCUCCUCCUCGUACCUAGAUAACCUAGUGUGGCAUGACAGCGACAGUCACUACUAUGAUCCGAAGCUCAUCAUUGACCUGUCCAACUGGAAGGAGCAGAGCAAAGAGAAAGGGGACAAGAAGGGAAAGUCCAAGUGUGAGAAGAACGGACUGGUCAAGGCCCAGAUUGCUCUGCAGGAGGCCACCGCCCAGGACCCAGCUGAGAAGGACAAGGUAACGGAGAAGAGCCGGAACUUUGACUUCGACUCCUUCAUUGCCAGCACCAUCAAGCUCAGCUUACAACCGGAGCCCAGCAACGUGGGCCUCCUCAAUGAGAUGAACACCUCAGUCUCUCAGCCUGAGCCCCGCAGCUCCAUGUCCAAAUCUGUCAGCCAGGAGAAGGAGGAGAAGUGUCUGGUGAACCUGGCCCAGCUAGAGGGCCGGGCACCCAACCCCUGGGAGAGCUUUGGCAACACCAGUACCUCCGGAGAGGAGCCCUGCCUGAUCGAUGAGGUGUGCUGGGAUGUAAGGAAGGAUGAGCAGCUGCAGAAGGAGACUGCCUACACGGGCUACCUGGACAGGCUUUUCAGCAAGAAAGAAGAGGUGCUGGAGCCUGAGUGCCAGGAAGCCAAGGAGAGGGAAGAUUGCUUCCUGGCCAGAAAUGGAGAGAUCAUGUUCAGCAUGCAGUUUGAGUCCCUAGCCCUCCCCAGAUUUGACAGCCCCACAGAUUCACCCCUCAAGUCCAUACAGGCCACAUUAAUACCCUCACCCUUAAAACGUUCCCCCCAAGUUGCCCAUAAAACAUACAGCAGCAUUUUUAAACAUUUGAAUUAAAUUCCUUAAAUUCCCACUGCAGUUUUUUUCUUUUAUGAAGCAGCAGUUAUAUUUUACUUGAAUCAUUGCAUACUUUUUGCGGUUACUUUAAUGACCUUUUCUAUCUGACUCAAUAAGGAGUUCAUAAAUUUGCAAAAUGUCAGAACAUUAUGGAAUCGUAUUAUGACAAUACUGUAAAUGAAGUCCAUACAAAUUAGUUAAGUAUGAGUAAUUACAACCCCUGUAAUUUUACACAUAUUUUAAAAUAGUGUAAAAUUACAUGCAUGUAUAUUCUGAAAUUCAGCAUUGUAUUUUACUGUAGUGGUAUGUUUAUAUAGACAAGCAGUCUAUUUUCACAAACUGGAUAUUUCAACAUAUUUUUGUAGUAAGGGAAUAGAUAUUUGUCAUUUGCUCUACAGGAGGUCAUAUGCACACCCUGCUUGAUUUUAAAACGGCAUGUUCUUUUUGUACAGUCCUACUGUAUACUAAAAUUACUUGAGGAAGAGGAAUGGAUAGAAAGAUGAAAGAAUGAACUGAAAGAGUUGGGGGAUAAGGCAAUGCAUGUAGUGAAACGGCAGCGAACACGCACUAAACAUAAGAGGAAUACACGGUCACUGACAACUCUUAACUUUUUUUUUUUUAGUACAACUUAUGAAUUUAUUUUCCCCAAAUGACCUCAUAGAAAGCUUUUUGUACUGCACCAUUUCUGUAACAAGAUGCCAAUAGCUACCAUUAAAUGUGGAACGUUGUAAAUGUGUACUCUACCUCAAGGUAAUUCAGCUGUAAGUCAGACCCUCUGAGCCACGCUAUUGCUUUACAGACACGUUCACCUUGAAUCUGUUCAGUGUGCAGUGGCAUGUUACGUUCCUUUUAUUUUGCAUUUUCAAUGGCAAAGUGUUACAAAUCACCAUUAUUUAUUUUUUAGCUGAUGUGAGGUAUUUAUUUUAAAAUUAAAUGUAAUAUCAGUAUGACACUUUGGAAACUGAGGCAUUCUCACUGGCUUCAACUUAAUGGUAUGUACGGUUAUUUUUAAUGGUAGGAUGUUAAUUAUCCACUUAAGUUGGAAAGCUUUCCGUUUGUUUCCUGAAGGAAAUGACACUUGUUUAAUUGUUUUGGUGCUUUUUGUUUGAGAAAAAAGAUAUACAUUAUAGAGUUGAAAAUGCACCCAAGUCUUAAUUUUUUUAAUAUGUAUGAAAUGUACCUUUUAAAUUCUGUACACAGAGGAGAAGGUAUAGUAGAGUAGAACAUAAUGAAGUAGCCUAUACUGUAAGUCAGUUUUAAUUUCUUUUAUUACAAUAUCUUUUUUCUAAGCAAGCAUGAUUACAUUUGGAUUAUAGUGUAGCAUGUAGCUAGAACACUUAAGGAAAUUUGUUUUGCAUUUUAGGCUAAAUACUGGAACGUCAUUUUCUGUAUCAUUGGUUUCCCCUAGUUAAAAAAUAAUAAAAUGGCCAGCAAAUAUGCAGAA